CCUGCCUUUUCCGUUUCUGGCUGACCAAUCACAGCGCAAAAGGCCGUAGAGUGAAGUGUUUAAACCUCUCCGGGCUUUCCUUAAAAGUAAAGGGGAGUGUGUGGCUGCAGGUGAAAGGCCUGGCUGAUAGGACUGCAUUGUAUCGGCUGCAGAAGGAAGUCGCCUUCGUGUUGUAACAUGGGCAGCGCUGAAAGAGAAUGGAUUAAUGUUGCCAAUGAUCUUCUGACAAAAUGUAACUUAGAUCUACAUGUUAAUAAUCUCUCUGACUGUGGAGCUAAGGUAUUUAUUCAUCUUUAUGAAUCGAUACUGGGAGAGAGAGUGCCAGAUGUCAUAGCCACAUCUAGCUGCCCUGAAGAUGAUGCACAUAAUGUGCAGGCGGUAAUAGAUUCUUUGGCUUUGGACUACUUGCAGGUCAGCUUAUCACAUAUAACUGGAGAGAACAUCGUGAAAGGAGAUAAAGAGUCCAUCGGAAAUCUCUUGGAAAUAUUUGAUGGCUUGCUUGAGUACCUUACAGAAGAAAUCAGCGAGACUGCUUCUCAGAAUGGCGAAGAUCUUAACCAGAUGGCUAAAGAUGAAGUCCAAAGCACUUGUCUGGAAGAGCAAGAAGGUGGACAUGAUGCACCAGUUCCCUCCCUAACACUUCCAUCAGCCACAGGGUCUCUUCAGUCAUCAGGGAUAUAUGUUCCAUCAUGGGAGAUAGAUGGUUCAGAAUCUACAAGUGAGCUAAUUAAACUUGGCGACACAGCUUAUUUGUUUUCUCUAAGAAAUGAAGAGUUACCUGCAGAUAGAGAAAUAUCUAAGAAGAUUGCAGAAUUUGAAGAGCUUGUGGCUUUUAGGAGACCAUCUAGUAUACGCUCCAGUGGCAGAAGAGCUCUUGUCUCAGAAACUCAAGGAGCAGCAGAAUCUACUGAGUUGCCCAGGGAGCAGCUGAGUUCCAGUGCAAAAAAGCUUGGGGAACCAAUUCGUUCAGCUAUCCCUUUGCAGCCACCCUACCAGCCUUCUGUAUCCAGGCCUCCUUGCCUAACUGAAAGAGGCAGUGGUGGUUCAGGCAGACGUUCACCAUCACUGGCUAAACCUCAAGGACCUGCAUCCUCCAAUCUUGCAGAGUCUCUUGGGCAAGAGGCAGCAACCCCUUCAGGUGACAUCUUUUCUCUAUCAAGGACCACUUUUGAUCUUCCACCUGGAGAUGAUAAGCCACCAUCAGAAGCUGGCGUGGAUGAAGCAGCUGAUGAGCCAGUGCCAGACCAUGACACAGAUGACGAAAGACAGGAAAUAAAUGAGAACAUUCAGGAUAUACGAUCUCCUUACUUUGAGAAGGACCUGUUACGACAGUUCACAUCACUACAAAGCACAAGACCUAAACAAAGGAAUCUGUUUGUUGGAAAAAGCCAGAAGGAAAGUUCCAUCACAGACUCACUUGCAGAAGAACCUUUUCCCCACAGAAGGGUGAAAGAGAAGCUGUCUGUCCAGGAGCUGCACAAAACGUCAGAGAAACUCUCCCGCAGGCUGAAUGAAUUAGAUGCAAUGUUAAAGCAUGCUUUGGGUGAACGAAGCAAGGAGGAGUCAUCGGCUGACGAAGAUAAACUUUCUCAACACAGUGACAGCAUCAUGGAUUACCGCCAAAUGAAACCAGAAGCAGCUACUCCACUUCCCAGAAGAGCCCCCAGCAGGCAGCGGUCACUUUCUACUUCGCCACCUCGAUCGAGCCACCAACUAUCAUCUGAAUUGGACGGUGCAUUUCGGAAAGAUGUGAGAGGGCCGGCUGGAAAGAUGCGUGAUCGCUUGCAAAAGGAACAGGACCAGAGGAAACUGAGAGCAAAGCUCUUGACUAAAGCCUAUGAAGAUGAAUUAAGAGCUUAUGAGGCUAGUGAGAGAUUUGAACUGGCAGAGCUAAAGGCCAAGGCCAAGGAAACGGAACAAAAAUACCAAGAGAACUUAUUUAAAGAACCCCCAAGAGUCUUGCAAGCAGCGAAGAUUUAUUCCAGAAAAAACGUACCUCGGAAUCCCAAACUCAGCCAGUGGAUUUCAAGAGGAGGGUUUGCAAAGCCAAAGAAAGCAGCUCUGAUGAAGGUCAAGAAGAACAAUCUCUUGCCUCUGCUCCUGGAGGAUUUUCCUCACCUGCACAUUUCACGCCCCGUUAUGAAUAAGAUGUGGCAACAGCAGCUUGCACAGAUAGAACAACUGAAGUCCCCCAGCAAUAGAAACGAAUUCAGAUUGCAAAGUGAAGUACUAGAAACACUGAAGAAGCAUGACCUCCUUGUUGACCUCAUUAAGAAAGAGCAGGCUCAUAACAGGAGACUGCAAGAGUUCAAGCAACGCAUUCAUCGGCAGAAAUGUACUCAGAAUAAAAUGAGGGAGAGACGUCAGCAAAUUGUCAGAGCCAAAAAGUACUACCAGGAUUACAGAGUUCAGCUGCGGGCCAAGAUGAUGAGAGCCAGGACACGUGAGGAACAAAUAUUUAAACACCUGUUUGAAGAAGGCUUGGAAAUUCAGAAGCAAAGAUUGCAUGAGCUGAGAUCAUAUGCCAAGGAAAAGCGUGCUGAGCAAAGGAGACAACAUCAGGCUGAACUGGAGUCCAUGGAGAGCUACUAUAAGGAUCAGUUUUCAAUGUUGGCAGAAGCUGUUUCAGAAGAACGUCAAGAAAUCCAAGCCAGAGAGAAAGCACAUGCCAAGACAUUAAACAAAGUGAAACGUGAGCUGAGAUCAAAGAUGGAGAAAGAGAUUAAAGAACUGCAGGACAUGAUCACACGCACUGAUGAUGAUUCAUUCUUCCGAGAAUUGGAAGCUGAUCGCCUGAAAUCUAGACUCUUAGUGGCUUCCUUUCAAUAUAGCAAAAACUACCAGUUCCUUUGAGUCUUGGGCUGCCUCUUAUAAAUAUCUCUGUGAUUUAUUUCUGGCAAAGAUGAAUUUUUAAUAUAAAAAAUAUACUGGGCAGCACAGAACCAGAAGUGUAAGGUUAGUAGCUUGUUUUGCUGCCCAGAAUUCAUUUAAGAUUUUUACAAUGUCAAGAAAUACUAAACUGAUAUUUUCAAAAGGAUUCUUCUACAGACUUUUUGAAUAAAAGUUAGCUUUUCAACUAUCAAAA